UACCAACAUGUCAGCCACAGACUUUGUGGAGGAGAUUCGUUCUGUGGGAGAGAGGCUGCUGCUGAAACUGCAACAACUCCCUCAGGCGGAGCCCGUGGAGCUCGUGGCCUUCUCCAUCAUCGCUCUUUUCACAGCUACCGUCCUGGUGCUGCUGCUGAUAGCCUGCAGCUGCUGCUGUGCUCACUGCUGCUGCUCUGAGAGGAGAGACCGGGAGAUCCCGGUGCGGCCCAGAAAACCCAGAUGAGGGACAACAGCGAGAUGCCUGAAGAGAAGCUGGAUGAGGGCCUUCCAGGACUGUGAUACAGGCUAGCAUCAUGGCCGCUUUACUCCUCCAGACACAGGUUACCUAGGCCCAGUUCUGGCACUGCCCAGGUGACAGGACAGACAUCUGGAGCCUUAUGAAGGAAACAAGUGUCGUUCAAUCUGCUGGUGGACACAGUGCUUAGCUAGCUGACUGUCACACUCAGACCACCACCUGGGUCUUGGGCUAAGCUGAGCCUUUCAAGAGCCUCAUACUUCAGCAGGGAGCAGCUGAUGCUUGUGGGGAGCUGGUUCUUGGGGCUCUGCUGACUUAUGCCACAGAGAAGUAAGCUAAUCAGUGACUUUGUGCAAUUUAUUAGACUCUAAGCCUCCUGCUGAGGGGGAGGAGCAUGUCAGUAUUCUGGCUGAAAUUUGUCUGCUUAUUUCCAAGUAAACACUUUCUGGUUAUGUGUU